UACAUUUGCGGCUAUUGCGUGCCCCCGGUGUGGCGCUAGUCCAAGAAUAGAAAGCGUCGUCAUACCUUCGGAAGCGGAAUAACAAAAAUCCAUGUUGUGUCACCUCGCUUCUUGCUUGACGACGAAUUCCAUCCCUGCUGGAUGCAUCACAAUGUAGCACAAAGAUGGGGUGGCUAAGCAAUAUUUGCGGCUUAGCUUACCUUGUGUCACCUCAGGUAUCUUGUCGUGAAGCAGCUGGAAACCUACAAGAAGUCCUCUUCCAGCAGAGGCCGCUCCAUGAGGGAGUGGUAACAUUCACACCCAGCUGGAGUGUCCUUGGCCCUUUCAGGAUCGGAACACGAGAAGCCGUAUGGGGUGCAGAUCCUGUUGAAUUCUAUGGAGGCAUCAAUCAGCUCAACGAAAAUGAGGAAAGUCACUACCAUAGUCCCCUGACUAGGAAUGCAACAGUACAUUGGAGCAGUCGGGUCUUCGACACUAUCGCUUCUGGCGCAACGGCAUCUAUCGACGUGGUAGUUGAGUUCCCAGACAUCGACUGGAUAUUCGCGCAGCAGAUCUAUGGAUGGUCUGCCUUCCAGUUCCAGGCAUGGCUGAAAGGUGGUAUCUUCAACCACGAUGUCGAACACCGCAAAGUGAAAUUGUAUCCACAGAGCAUUCUGGAACUUUGGCUCAAUGAUCAGCACGUUUUUGGAGGGGACUUCUAUGCAUUUGGGGCGGUACCUGUGGUCCUGGAACUCGAACCAGGGCUCAAUGCCAUCAGCAUCCGCCUUGUACGUGAUGUUCGAUCCAUGGGUGGCUCAUACCCUCCCACAAUUCGCGCAAAUCUCCAGACCCAAUUAGUGUCUGAGCCUGUGGAAAUCGUCGAUGACAGUGUUUUGCUUCCAGACGUGGUCAAUGGACGGUUCUGCAGUCGAUAUGGCAGCGUCGUGGUGAGAAACCAGGCCGAUUCAUGGAUCAAAAUCCACGGGAUCACCGCGAGGUUUCACGACUCUCAUUUCGAAGUGAUUACCGGAGAAAUCUCCCUUGCUCCAGGUCAGUCCCGUCCGCUGAAGCUGGACUUGGGCUCUCUGAGCAAUUUGCACGACACCAUGACAUUGACCGUCGCAUACACGAGGGAAGCUUCUCAUCGGCACAACCGCUCAUUCGAGACUAAACUGCGGCAUGAGAACGUAUCAUCUCUGCAGAAGAUGACAUAUCUCCAUCGAAGCGGUGCAGUAUCCUACGCGAUUUUGAGACCUCCGCCGUCAACACUGCCUGCAUUGCCAGAGCAGAAGGCACAUGUGCUCCUGAACCUUCACGGUGCCGGUGUAGAUGUGGAUGACCCUCUGGCUCGACACAUGUUUGAUGACACACCAGAUCUUCCAGCCUGGAUAGUCAGUCCAGCCGGCAUGACUCCCUGGAGUGGCGAUGACUGGCAUACUUGGGGUUUCGCAGAUGCCCAAGCUGCAUUGUCUGGACUUCAAGAAUGGAUCAACACGACCAAGUGGAGUGGCCCCGAACUGAUCUCCGAUAAGAUUCUGGUCGCAGGUCAUUCUAACGGCGGGCAAGGGACAUGGUACUUCGCCACACAUCAGCCCGAUAUGUUAUUGGGUGCUGCAGCCGCUUCGCCAUAUUCGUCCAUUGAGAACUAUGUGCCUUUUGUCUUCUGGAAUGAAGGCGAUCCUCUUCAAGAUGCGGUUCUUCAUGUCGCAAGGAACAAUUUCCGUCACGAAUUAUUAGCCGAAAAUCUGAUAGGCGUGCCUAUCUUUCAACAGCAUGGAUCGGACGAUGACAACGUCCCUGCUUACCAGUCUCGACUUAUGAACACCUUGCUUGCGCAAGCGGGAAAUUCUGCAAACUAUUCAGAAAUGCCCGGCAAGGGUCACUGGUUUACGGGGACAAUGACGACUCCUGGAAUGAUCGACUUCUACUUGUCCUGCUUGCAGUCUGCGAGGAACCAGUCUUUUGGUGAUUCGGACGCUUUCGCGUUUGUGGUUCCCAACUCGGAUGAUUUUGGAUCAAGAUUCGGCAUAAUCGUUCAUCAAUUAGCCUCACCAGACAGAUUCGGCCAUGUACGGGUUUCCAUCAACAGGACUGAGUCCAUUACGCGAUGGUACGUGAAGACUCAGAAUAUCCAUAGAUUUGAACUCGACCCGACGGCCGUGCAACAUCCUUCACUCGAGCUCAUUCUUGAUGACACACCUCAUGUCUUCGAGGUUGGGUAUGGGAGCAGGGCAAACACUUUCGUACUGACAGAGUCACAUGUUUGGGCCAGGGAGGUGGCCCUUGACUGGAGGCUUCUGGAGCAACGUUUUGGUCGCCAACGAGGUUCUCUGGACUCAAUCCUGCGUACUGUGGGUCCCUUUGAGGUCGUCUACUGUUCUGACGAGGCUCUCCCCCUCGCGGUGCAGACGAGUCGGAAUUUCUUGCAGUACUUUGGCGCUGACUCGAAUAUCAUUCCUCGAUCCAUGUACGAAGUCGCACUGGCCAACAACGGCAAUGUGAUCACGAUUGCGUUGGACAAACAAAUUCCCCACUCCCGUAUCCCUUUGUUCCCUAUCGAGGUCGGGGCAGAGAGACUAUUACUGACAAUAGAGGACGGGAAGACGAUAUCCAUUCCACGGGCACCAGGAAUGGGCGGAGUAUGGCUACGUCCGCUUCCCGAUGAGAGACUGGAACUCGUUGUUUGGGGUCAUGAUGAGGCUGGCUUGCGACAAGCCGCCAGGCUCAUACCAACGCUCACAGGAGCUGGGCAACCUGAUUUUGUGAUUUUGAGCGACGAAGCAAAAUGGAAGGGACAUGCGGGCGCUCUUGCUAUGGGAUUCUUUGACUACAAUUGGAGGAUCUCUUCUGCAUCUUAUCUUCCAUGAACGAGAUUGACUGAUAUUUGGGAACAAUGUAAGUAGAAAAUGGCGUUGAGGGCAGAGGAUUUCUCGUUGUAUGGGCGUUGACUGGGCUGUAAUGUUCCUACGGGAAAGGAGCCGAACAGUAAAGAUCGUGUAUGAAGUCUGAUGGUGAGUUCGAAUUGCGACUGCCUUGUUAUUGCUAUACGAACCCCAGAACGUCACUCCCUUUCCAGUCGAGAGGGUGGAAGAGAAGGAACAGCCGUCGAGAUUGCCAGUAUCUC